AUGGCUUUAUUUAGAGUUUCAGCGGCAUUACUUCCUGGUGAGUAUGGUGAAGAAUAUGCUGCCCUAAUACCAUUAUUAAGUAAAAAUGUUUUCCAUUUAAUCGAUGAAAAUGCUGGACCAUUGUCUGAUACUACGGUAAUACAAUAUCCAUUUUCCAGGAAUAUCUUCUGCAUUAGUGAUAUGGCAACAUCCGCAGUUUGGCUUCGACAUGGGAAAGCGAAAGCGUAUUUGCUGAAACCAUCUAAAACAGAAAAUAUGUAUUUAAAUCCCUCAGGAGAUCGAAUAAUGGGACCAAUAAAGUCAACGUACAAGAUUUUAAAAAUUGCGUCAGCGUCAGCAACAUCGUCGCUCUGUUGA